GCAUUUCUGAUGUGCACGCCAGCAGACAGUGGAGAUAUAAUCAUCCUGAGUAGUGAUGAUGACGAUGAUCAUAAGGAUGACAGAGACAUGUCCUGCCUCAUCGUGGAGGUGGUGGAUGUGAAGGAAAAAGACUGCGUGUCCUCUCCCAGCACUCUGGAGGAAGACCUGGUCGUGACCUUCUCGCGCCACGCUGAUGUGCUACCUCAUGCUCGCUACGACUGUCCCAUACACCCUUUUACGCCUACAGAGUUGGAGACUAACAUGCCAGUAGACAGUAACCAGCUCAUUUGUGAUCAGUGCUUCUGCUACAUCUGCGAUAAGCUGGCAUCAUUGUGUGAAAUGUGGUCCGUGAGCGACAUUUGUCACUGCAACAGCCACAAGAGGAGCACCUUCUGGAGCAACCUCAGAAACCAUAAGCUGCUGGGAGGACUGACUGCUUUCAACCUCACCCUGUCAGAAAUGGACUCGCACCUCCGACAAGCAGCGACGUUGCUGCAGCAGUUCAGACAAGAGCUCUCUGCGCUCUACUCGUCCUACAUGAAAGGCGAGGCACUAAAGGAAUAUGGUCUGAGCCAAGAGAACCAACAAGGCUUCAUCUACAAUUACUCACCGGUGUUUGAGUUUGUGUCCUCGUUCCUGAACCAGGCAGAUCAACAGGACAGCAGAGCGGCAGUCAUCAUGAGUCUGGGGGCUGCUGAGGACUUUAUUAGACAUUUCCAUUUCUCAGGGGGUUUCAUCUUUGCUUCUCCAAUGGCUAAUGUUGAUACAGCUAAAACGAUGUUACUGCAGAGGGUAAUAGCAUUGGUACAGAGACAGAUGGUGAUGGCAAAUUUUACUCCAGACUUCAUUAACAAACUACAGGAGUUUUGCAAGAAACUGCAUUUCCCAGCUGAGCUGAGGAACAUGAGAAACAGCCUGUGUGUUCGCCCCUGGAACGACGUCCUGCUCGUGUCUGUGAUGAAGGGACAGAACGUGUCAGGCGUGCGUAAGGACAAAGGCAAGAAAGACGUCCUGACUGAACAGAUUUCUGUGAUUCUGCUGAGGACGGAGCUACUGCAGCAUCAGCGCAGGUACAGAGAGCUGUGUCGAUAUCUACGAGUCGUCCAGACAGACAACACCGCACAGUUUCAGCAGAUACAAGACCUCAUCCCCUACUUCAUGUGCAUGGCUGGAGACUUUUCAUCAGCUCUCACAAGUUUGUUCCCCUCAGUGAAUGCUCCCGCUUCCCACUUUACUCCGGACCUCUUCCUCUUUUAUCUCAAAGUCUUUGAAACAGCGACUGCACCAAAGCUGACACCAGUCAGUAAACCGGGAGAGCUCUGCUGUGCUGGUGCAGCAUGGGAGUCUAUUGAAGAUGCUGUGCCGCUGAAACGUCAUGAGCUGGUGAGGUUUGCUCUCAGGGCUCAGGGAUGCUGCAGUGCUGUAUAUGCUGAUUCUCGGUGUUGGACCAGUUUGCUCUCGAUUGUCAACAAGCCUUGCGGUUCACUCACUGCUUUACCCAUGCCCAGUAUGCAGUUUCUGCAGGAAGCGCGGGAUGUUGUGAAAGGGAUAUUGCUUGAUCAGAAGGGCUCCAAUAUGCAGAUCCCACGAUCCUUGCAUGAGGUGUAUCCAGAUCAGGCCUUGCUCCUGUUGGUGACGGAAGCUUUGAGCCAAAGAAUCCUCGAUUCCGUUUUGUAUCCGAUCCUACCUGUGCUCAACACCUUUCAGCUGCUCUCUAAAGAAAUGUUUAAGAUCCAGCUCUUCACUCAAGUCUCAUCUGUGAUGGAAACCACCUGUGACAGGAGAAUUCAUGGGCCUUUAGGUGGCUUUGUGAAAGUUUUUCCUCCAGUGAAGAACAUCUGAAAAGAUUCUUUCAGGCGAUUGCACAGGAGAGGGAAAACAGCAGUGCAUCCUGAUUGCACAUACUUACCCCCUGCAGAGCUACAGAAGUCUUAAACACUGUUUACAGCACUGUUGCCUUCCACAAAGGGUUAAAUACUGCGGAGAGUCGCCAGCGUCUUACAGAUGCCCGACUGUACCUGCGUCCUCACACCAGCUCAUGUACAAUGUACAAUGCACAUACUUCUGUUAUUCACCAUCUGAUGACAAGAGACUUGAUAUUGAUUCACCUUUUUAAUGUUCAUAAAUGUUAAUGUUACAGUUAUAAAUAAAAAGACAGUUUUAUGCAUUAGAUUGCUGAAUCGCUGCUUGAAUAUAAAAUGAUUUUAUUGUCUCCACAGCAAGAUAAACAACAGUUGUUGCUCUGUCAUUUUAUAAAGGCACUUUGUUUCAAAUCGUGUGCUGUAUACAAAAAAAAAAACACGGUUGGAUUAACGGGCUUUUAUGGAGUUCUAGUUACCACAGUAACUGAUGGUGUAAUGUGUACUUUUAUAGACAAAAGUAAGGAUUUUUUUUUAAUUCUAAGGAAAUCCGUGGUUCCUGGUGCAGCUGCGCCCACACUGGCACUACUACUCGGAUGAUCUGAUAUCCUCGUGUUGGUGUUGUUCCCAGACC